AUGACCGGCGGCGAGACGUUCGCGUUCCAGGCCGAGGUCUCGCGCCUCAUGGACAUCCUCAUCAACUCGCUGUACCGCACCAAGGAGAUCUUCCUGCGCGAGCUCAUUUCCAACGCCUCGGACGCGCUGGACAAGAUCCGCUUCCUGGCUCUGUCCAACAGCGAGCUGCUGGGCAAGCUGCGCGACCUGGAGAUCCGCAUCAGCUUCGACAAGGACGCGCACACGCUGACCAUCCGCGACACGGGCGUGGGCAUGACCAAGGACGACCUGGUCAACAACCUCGGCACGGUGGCCAAGUCCGGCACCGCUAACUUCGUUGAGGCCAUGCAGGCUGGCACCGACGACAGCAACCUCAUUGGUCAGUUCGGUGUGGGCUUCUACUCCGUCUACCUCGUGGCCGACCGCGUGCGCGUCGUGAGCAAGAACAACGACGACGACCAGUACAUCUGGGAGUCGGACGCCAACGCGUCCUUCACGAUCACCAAGGACCCGCGCGGCGACACGCUGGGCCGUGGUACCGAGAUUACGCUGUUCCUGAAGCCGGACGCUACUGAGUUCCAGGACCAGGACAAGCUCAAGAGCCUCGUCGGACACUACAGCGAGUUCAUCAACUUCCCCAUCUACGUGAACACGAGCUCCACGGAGACGUACGAAGUGGAAGAGGAGCCCGCGGACGUCGAGGAGGCUGCGGAGGAAGAGGAGAAGGACGCUGAGAAGACGAGCGAGGAUGAUGAAGAGCUUGAGGCUGUGGAGGAAGACGUCGAGGCGAAGGCCCCCAAGACUCGCACGGAAACCCGCACUGUGUGGAACUGGGAGCGUGUGAACGAGGUGAAGGCCAUCUGGACGCGCUCCAAGGACGACAUCAGUGACGAAGAGUACGAGAGCUUCUACCACUCCCUGCAGAAGACGGACAUCACGGACCCAUUGACUUGGAUCCACUUCCAAGCGGAGGGUGAGCUCGAGUUCAAGUCGAUCCUGUACGUGCCUGGCCAGGCCCCUCGUGACCUGUACACGCGUUUCGAGAACAAGAAGGCGGACAUCAAGCUCUACGUCCGCAAGGUCCUCAUCACGGAUGACUUCGACGAGUUCCUGCCGCGCUACCUGAACUUUAUCGCCGGUGUCGUGGACUCGGACGACCUGCCCAUCAACGUUUCUCGUGAAACGCUGCAGGAGAACAAGAUCCUGCGUGUCAUUCGCAAGAAACUGGUCCGCAAGGUCCUUGAAAUGCUGCGUAAGCUGGCAGAAAAGGAUGACGACGAAGAUGAUGGAGAUGACGACGAGGACGACGAGGAAGAGGAAGAAGGAAAUGCUGCGUACAACAAGUUCUGGGAGGAGUUUGGCAAGAACAUCAAGCUUGGAGUAAUGGACGAUGCCGCCAACCGCGGAAAGCUGGUCAAGCUUCUGCGCUUCGUAACGAGUCAGAGCGAUGGCAAGUGGACCUCGCUGGAGCAGUACGUUGACCGCAUGAAGGACUGGCAAGACACCAUUUACUACAUCGCUGCCGAGAACGCUGAGGCCUGCGAGAAGUCCCCAUUCAUGGAGAAGAUGCGCGCCAAGGGCCUCGAGGUGCUCUACUUCGUCGACGCUCUGGACGAGUACAUGGUGUCGCACAUUUCGGAGUUCGAUGGCAAGAAGCUCGUGUCCAUCACCAAGGAGGGCAUCAAGUUCGGCGAUGAGGACGAGUCGCUCAUGCAAAAGCGCGAGCAGCUGUACGCGGACAAGUACGUGGCGCUCACGACAGCCCUCAAGACGCUGUACGGAGACAAGAUUUCUCGUGUGACGAUGUCGCAGCGUGUGGUGGACUCGCCCGCCGUCAUGGUGACGUCCCAGUGGGGCUACUCGGCUAACAUGCAGCGCAUCAUGAAGGCUCAGACUUUCGCAAGCGGAGAGAAGAACUCGCCGAUGUACGGCACUGGAUCCGCGAUCCUGGAGCUGAACCCCCGCCACCCAAUCGUUUCCAAGCUGAACGACCUGAUGGUGAAGGACGCUGAGAAGGAAGAGACGAAGGACCUGGCCUGGAUGCUGUACGACACAGCGCUCAUCAACUCGGGCUUUGACAUGACCGACACCAACCAAUUCUCGGCUCGUGUGCACCGCAUCAUGAAGAGCAGCAUGGGCAUUGACAGCAUGGAGCUGGAGCCUGAGAUCGAGGUUCCGGAGGAAGAGGAGGAUGUAGACGAGGAGGAGGCCGAAACCGAAGACUUGGACGACCCGGAGGAGAUUGAACUCCCGCAGUCGGACGAUGUCGAGGCAGCUGAGGAAUCUGCUGAGAAGGAUGAGCUGUAG